AUGGCUGCCUUGUGCAGAGGAAGACACCGGUGGAAAAGGACCAAGUGGUUUCAUGUCCUAACAAGGACGCUGACAGAGAGGUCUGACUAUGACCUGGUGGUUAUUGGUGGAGGUUCUGGAGGGCUGGCCUGCUCCAAAGAAGCGGCACAGUUGGGACAGAGAGUUGCCGUUUUAGAUUAUGUGGAACCAUCUGCAAAAGGUACCAAAUGGGGUCUUGGUGGUACGUGUGUUAACGUUGGCUGCAUUCCUAAGAAGCUGAUGCACCAGGCCGCUCUACUUGGCUCCGCAGUAAAAGAUGCCAAGAAGUUCGGCUGGCAGAUCACAGGGCCAGUGUGCCAUGACUGGGCCACCAUGGCAGAGGCUAUCCAAAACCAUGUCAGGUCUCUGAACUGGGGUCACAGAGUUCAGCUACAGGACAAGAAGGUGAAGUAUCUGAACAUGAAAGGGAGUCUGGUGGAUCAACACACUGUUAAAGGAUUGACUAAAGCAGGAAAAGAGACCAUCCUCACUGCCAAGAACGUCGUGAUCGCCACAGGUGGCCGGCCUAAGUACCCCACAAGUAUCCCUGGAGCGAUGGAGCAUGGCAUCACCAGUGAUGACAUAUUCUGGCUGAAAAGAUCGCCCGGAAAAACACUUGUGGUUGGAGCCAGUUAUGUGGCCCUGGAGUGCGCUGGGUUCCUCACAGGCAUCGGCUUGGACACCACAGUGAUGGUUCGCAGCAUCGCCCUCCGGGGGUUUGAUCAGCAAAUAGCAGGUCUAGUGACAGACUAUAUGGAGACGUAUGGGACCAAGUUUGCAUGGAAGUGUGUCCCAAAGAGAGUGGACAAACUGUCCUCAGGAGCCCUGCAGGUAACCUGGACCGACACCCAGACAGGCAGUGAGCACAAGGACACCUACGACUCCGUGUUGUGGGCAGUGGGUAGAGUCCCUGAAACCAAGGCCCUGGGCCUCGACAAGCUCGGGGUGCGACUCAACAAGGAGACGGGGAAAAUAGUUUUGGGCGCUGACGAGUCGACCUCGGUGCCAAACAUCUAUGCUUUCGGUGACAUUGGUGAGGGUCGUCCAGAAUUGACACCGACAGCAAUUAAAGCAGGAAAACUUCUUUCCCACAGACUGUUUGGUCAGAGCACGGAGCUCAUGAACUACGACAAUGUGCCCACCACAGUGUUCACCCCCCUCGAGUACGGCUGUGUAGGUCUGUCUGAGGAGGAGGCAGAGAACAGACAUGGGAAAGACGGCAUUGAGGUCUACCAUGCUUUCUACAAGCCUCUGGAAUUCACUGUCGCCGAGCGUGACGCCAGCCAGUGUUACAUCAAGGUGGUGUGUGAGCGAGGUGGAGACCAGAAGAUCCUGGGUCUGCACUUUACUGGUCCCAAUGCAGGAGAAGUUACUCAGGGCUUUGCUCUCGGCUUCCAGUGCGGGGCAACAUAUUCCCACCUGUUGCAGACAGUAGGGAUCCACCCGACCUGUGCUGAGGAGGUGGUCAAGGUCAACAUCACCAAGCGCUCCGGCCUGGACCCCAUGGUCACCGGCUGCUGAGGUUAAGCCCCUCGGUCUCUGACCACCGGUGAGCACACAGGGUCCCUCAGUGACAGUAGAAAGAACUUAGCCUGGGUUUAUCGCGCUCUCUCUCUCUUUGUCCCUCUCUCGCUCUAAUAUGGCCCCAAAAUGGCCCCAAUGUUCCCAGUGCUUUGUCAGAUUUAUGACGUCCCUCCUGUGCAGUGGGAUCUCAUCUUAGUACAGGCAUGGAUGUAAUCCCUGGCUGCACAGGUUAGUGUCAUUGACAUGUCCUGCCAUAACCAAGACUAUGCUUAUCCCAUAUACAUGCAUGUUAUAUGUAUGCUGUAGAAAUGCAUUGGCUAUAGAUCAGGUUAUCGAGGCCACAGAGUGAGCUUCUUUUAAAUAAACAGGCUCAUCAAUCAGGAUUACGGCCCGUGCUCGGGGUUGUGUCGAAACCGCACGAGAAAACGUGGACAGAGCCCUAACGCUUUUUCUGAAUAUAUAUUCUGCAAAUAUUGUUGUUUCUCUGGCUGUACUUCCUGUCCAUUAGUCUUAGAGGUGACACAUACCGCACACCCCCCGCCCCCUCCUCAUCCCCCGUGACACUGAUGGAUGGCCCCAGAGCCGUCGCUGCAGCGACACCGCCCCAUUUCCCAUGGACACACACAAACAGUUGGCAGGCCGCCUGUCCGUCAGCCAGCAGAGCGCCUGGCCCAGGGAGCCCCGGCUUGUUUAGGGCCCAGCAGAGUCCAACAGCAGACCCCAGGACUCUUUCUCUUCCUCCCAUGCCCUCCUUCCUCCCGAGUCAUGCAGGAAUGUAGAUGAACCACAAGCAUGUGCUGUCGAAAGCCGUGUGGAUGCCACAGCCCGGGCCCAGUGCAACCCUAUCUAUCGAUAACAGAACUGUGAGAGCUCUAUUACAGCUGCACUACCCGGCCCCACCCAAAGGUGGCACUAUUGCCCUCCAGUUCUCCCCUAUAUUUCUGAGCCAAAAGAGGAAGGAGGGAUAAAGUAGUCGGUGGAUAAAAAAUAAGUCUGAAUACAUUCAAGUUGCACAUUUAAUCCCCUUAAUCCCUUAAAAAGAUGUGUGUUUUGGGUGAAGCCGGGAAGCAGGUUGGCUUUAUUGGUGCCAAACUGAUAAGGGUUAUCUGUUGUGUAUUUACAUGGGUGACAGGUUAGGCCUCAAGAGUCCUCACUAUCAAAGAUAAGGGGAGCUGUUUAUGUCAAUAGAGCAGUGAUAGACCCCCAGAGUUUGCCAGUAAAGUGUUUAAAUGUUCCUGCAGCUGCCUGCACUGGACAUCUUGGCUCUAUUAAGCCGAGGAGGAGGAGGAGGAGAACUGUCAAUAAGGAUGUCUGCUGCAGCGAAGAGUAGUUUGGGUGGUUGUAGUUUAUUUUUAUUUGAAGUCUAAUCUGCCCCGUCUGAUUAAUGAUUUCGAUGAGGGGAGCGACAGCGUGCCAGGAGAUGGAGAGAGGAAAAAAGAGAGAGAGCGCUACCAGGUUUAUUUGGACCGGGGCUGGAGGAGAGAGAGCUGAGUUCCAGCCCUGGGUAAAGGGAGGGAAGGGGGAUUCCUGUGUGCUCUAUUCAGGGCCGAGGUGCUGACUGAAGGACCCUGACCUCCGCUCAGCAGGAACAGCUUGACUCUAUCACUCGGAGCACAGAGGGCUCACAUACUGCGGUGCCACGCAGCAGGG